AUGGCGUCCUCGCUACGCACUCCCGACAGCCCCCCCAAGCUCGGCCGCACGCCGUCGUACAUCCACUUCACACCCCGCCGCGCGAUGGCCUCGUUCGAGAACCUCGUCGUCCUCGCCAACUAUGAGGAGAGGAUUCGCGAGGCCCGUAAGGUCGUCUGGCGCGACCGCGGGGAGAAGCCGGUGGAGGUCAUGGAUCUGCAAGAGUGUCUUGAGCAUGCUUUGCGCGGUGGUGCCAGAGCGGCAACGCUCGGGUUUCUCAUUCGGUCGGGAAUCAGCUUCAUCUUGCUGCUGACGAGGAUACGGAAGGUGCCAAAACAGUUCCGACUGAGUUUGAUCCGUCAUGCGCUGUUUGGUGAAGAUUCAUUCCGCUUGGCGGGUAUGCUCGGCACCUUCGUCACCCUAUACAAGUUCAUCCUGAACUCGCUCCCACUCGUCCUUCCGCAACCACAGUCGGCGGCCCUGAGCGGCCACGGCGCGCGCGAACGCUCCCUCUUCCGCCAGACCGUCAAGCGGAGCGGCUCGUCGCUCGCGCCCCCGGAAUCACCGCUCGACGAUGGCACACUCGACGACACCGAGAUGGGUGUGCCUGCGCGCGGCACGGCGUCGCCCCGACGCGCGCGGCUGUCCAUGAGCGCGCAAGCCCACCAGAUUUGGGUCCGCAAGCAGACGAGGAGGUGGUACUCGGCCGCGGCGGGCGCGAUCGCGGGGAGCGUCGCGAUUCUGUGCGAGAAGCGGACGAGGAGAGCGGGGAUUGCGCAACAGAUGUUCGUGCGAGGGAUCCAGGGCUCGUUCAACGCCAUGUCGGACAAGCAUGGAUGGAAAGUGCCUCACGGCGACGUCCUUAUCUUCUCGCUUUGCUGUGGCCAGAUUCUGUAUGCUUUCUUGAUGAGACCAGACACAUUGAGUCCCGCAUACAACAGAUGGGUGCAAGCCGCCUCCAAAGUUCCCGCUGAAUCAAUCAAAGUGAAUAUGGACCUGGUCCGUGACGGGAAGUUUGACCCGAUAGACAUGGAACGCAUCAUCGCGCUUAAACGUACCACCGAGAACAACCGUCUCAUACUCUCCGAACGCGUGGCCAAGGCCACGCUCCCUGAGGCUCUGCGCGAUUACGGGCUACAUUAUGGCCCUUGCGCCGCUGUGCACCCGGAGUGUGACUCAUGUCUAGUCGUGCAAGUGGCCCACUUUUGGGAGGUGUUCCGCUGGAUGCUGCCGAUCUACGGAGCGCUGCACCUUAUCCCCCUUGUGCUGUUCCGCCGCAAGAAGUUCGCUAAGGAGCCUCUCCAAAUGCUCAUGCGCGCUGCCCUCGGGACCGGGAGGAGCUCGGCCUUUUUGGGGACGUUCGUACUCAUCUACCAAUCGUACUUCUGUGGCAAGAACAAUGCGUACGACGCAAUCGUUACGUUGCGCGGAUCGGAAGGUGGCAACACUGUCGCCGCAGCUCUCGCGCGUACCCUCCCGCAAUGGAUGGUUGACAUAAUGGUCAACAAAGCGGCGUACGCGCUCGGUGGACUGCUAUGCGGGAUGUCGCUGUUCGUGGAAGAAAAACACCGGCGCGAGGAGCUCGCCAUGUACGUGCUUCCCAAGGGGCUAGAAAGCGCUUGGGUCAUGGCACGUGGGCGGGGGUGGGUGUUCCCGCUCGGGCGGGCGGGCUCGCCGCUGUUGUCGGCCAUCGGAAUGGGGAUGGUCAUGAGCACUUACCAGAACGACCCACAAUAUCUGUCUGGUUUGGUGCGGAGGAUAUUGUACCAGUUUGUCGGGCCCAACUAA